CUUUUCGCCGUCGUUGGAUUCGCCCACUUUAGGCGGCAGAUGAUGGAGUACGCCACGGAACGCCACUUCCGGGGUGGGGGGAAUGCUAUGCGCCACAUAUGCAAAGAAAGCACCAGCCACAACAAGCACGAGGCGCAACCCCCUUGUCUGUAUCAUGUGCAUCAUCUUCAUCAUCUACAAUUGCACUUUUGCUUUCAACCCUCGACGAAACGACCUGUCCAGGCAGACAAGACCUUUUCUCUUUUUAUUUUAAACUGUACAAAGUAUGAAGCCUUGAAGUGUCUUUCGCGAUCCUCUACAGACGAGACCUCAGAAAGAUUAGUUGCCGUCAUGGAGGACACGACGCCCCUUGCCUCCCUCUCCGUCACCCACGUCUACUAUGACCCCCAUGACAAACUCUCCCUCGCAUGCGCGUACCUCGCCCUCCUCCCCCAAGCCCUCUGCGUCGUCUAUGCCACUCUAGUCCUCUUCACGCGCGAAGUAGAGGUCGCCCUCAUGUUUGCGGGCCAGCUCGCCUGCGAGGCCAUCAACUUUGCUCUCAAGCGGCUUAUCAAGGAGGAGAGGCCGCGGCGUAUACAUGGCAAGGGGUACGGCAUGCCCAGCUCGCACGCGCAGUUUGUCGCAUUCUGGAGCGUCUCGCUCGCUCUGUUCCUGCUUGUGCGCCAUCGACCGAGACCAGCAAAGGAUCACCGUCAUUGGAGUGUUCCUGAGAGGUUGGCUGUGAGCGUCGCGGGAGCUGUGAUUGCUGCUGCUACCGCGUGGAGUAGGGUUUAUCUCAACUAUCAUACUACGUGGCAGGUUCUCGUGGGGUACGCUGCCGGUGUGAUAAGUGCGGUUGGGUGGUUCGUCAUUGUUGCUGUGGUGCGACAGAUGGGCUUGUUGAGCUGGGCUCUAGACACAAAGCUAGCUAGGGCUUUCAGAGUAAGAGAUCUGGUCGUGGAAGAGGACAUGUGUCAGGCUGGCUGGGAGAAGUGGGAGGAGAGGAGAAUAGCUGCUUCAUCCGACAAGAAGACGAGGUAG